AUGGACGACGAUCAACAGUUCUGUUUGCGAUGGAACAAUCACCAAUCUACGUUGGUGUCAGUUUUCGACACUCUACUCGAGAAGGGAAUUCACGUUGACUGUACUCUGGCUGCCGAAGGACAAACUCUAAAGGCGCAUAAAGUUGUUUUGUCCGCCUGCAGUCCCUAUUUUGAGAAUGUAUUGUCACAGCAAUUCGACAAGCAUCCAAUAAUUAUCUUAAAAGAUGUGAAGUAUGCUGAAUUAAGAGCUAUGAUGGACUAUAUGUACCGAGGAGAAGUGAAUAUAUCCCAAGAUCAGUUAGCUGCUUUACUGAAAGCAGCAGAAUCUCUUCAGAUCAAGGGUCUAUCUGAUAACAAGCCCUCAAGGCCUCCGUCGCGCCCUACCCACGUUACACUCCCCCCUGCACACCCGCCCAGAGCGCCAUCACCCCCACCACAGGUUCGUGAUGGCAGCAUCGACAGCCGCGAAGGUUCAAUGAGCCCGACCAGGCGCCGCAAGAAAGUUAGACGUCUCUCCAACGAACAUGUGACUCCCGUUGCCCCACCGGUCCCUGAACAUGAAGAAAUACCGUGCAAAGAAGAAGUCUCCAGGGAUGGAGUGGAGGACUUGACACUCGAUGAGGAUGCUGGAGAUCCGCCUGCUCAACAUAACGACGUCGUACGGAAUUUUCAAUGGCACAUGGAACGAUCUCAAGAUGAAAUAAUGAAUUCAAAUGACAGUGUUCGAGACUCGCAAGAGCUUCACAAGGAUAGCCAUCUGCCGUCGGCUCUAUUGUCCCUGCUGUCGGUGCAGCACCGGCAGCGCUCGCUGGCCGCGGCCCUCGUGCCGCCCUGCAUCCAGGUCGGCGACAUCAUGAAGCCGACGCGCGAGGACCUCCUCUACCCCGCCGCGAUGGCCAAGCUGCCCGUGGACUCGUUGAGCGCGAUCCCGGAGAACAUAAAGGCGCACCUGUUGCAACAGGCCUUCAUGCAGAACAACAAUACGGUCGGCCAGAGCGCGGAGUACAAGAGAGACGAAGACUCGGACGCCGAGCUGGAUGACACGGACGACAUCGUGUUGCCCGACGAGGCCGACGGGUCCUUCGGGUCGGGGGGCGGGGGGGAGUCGAGCGAGACGCGCGAGCGCAAGCGCGACGGCAACAGCUCGGACGACGCGUCGCGCCAGUUUGAGUGCCGACACUGCGGCAAGCGCUACCGCUGGAAGUCGACGCUGCGCCGGCACGAGAACGUGGAGUGCGGCGGCAAGGCGCCGGCGCACCAGUGCCCGUACUGCUCGUACCGCGCCAAGCAGCGGGGCAACCUCGGCGUGCACAUCCGCAAGCACCACAACACCGAGUGGUACCUCUACGCCAGCAACAAGGUGCGCCGCAACAAGAAGACCACCAUCUAG